UUCAUUUCACUCGCGUUACCAUUUUUAUACACAGAAAUACCAACAAAGCUGUUUUAAAACUAAGAACUCGCUUAUUAUACUGCUGAAUUGAUGUUAGAUCUUCCGCCAUGAGUACAAUUGGCAUUAUACAAAUACGUGAGGCCAUUAAUCGCGCCAAAGGCAACUACUGCGGCAUCUGUUUUCGCUCCACAGCAGAGACUAAGCUCGUGAAACCCUAUCAGUUGAACUAUUUAAUAAGUAAAUUGGUGGUGCGUUUUAAGGGGAGGAUCCAAGUAUGUUACGUAUGCGAGGCUCAGGCACGCUCAGCAAUGCGGUUUGUGAAGACUGUCGAGCUGGCUGCCCGAGUCGGUCACUUCUUUAACAACCUUGGCCCAGUGAAUUGGGAGAAUGUUAUGAACAGUGUGAAAGAACCGCAUAAGUAUCCUGUGUCUGAGAGCGACGCGCAAACCACCCGCGUAGCCCUGGAUUUGGACGCCGCGCUGAAAGGGACUCCACGGUUUCAGCUGCGUCGCACCGACACCCUGGUUGUGCCCUCACCACCGCAAAGAAAAAUGACGGUAGUAAUGCAGCACGAAGAACCACCCAUACCUAGAAUGCAUACUCUGACACCCGUGGUCAUGACACCUAUGGCAUCCAUGGCUCCCGCUUUGUUGACACCAAUAACGCCGACUUUGACACCAAUGGCGCCGACUUUGACACCAGUAACGCCGACUAUGACACCAGUGCCGCCGAAGAAGGGAGGUUUUUUGAGUACCACGACAAAGGUGUCAGUGGAUGAAGAGAUGCAACAAGUUCGAGUGUAUGAUAACGAAACAAAACAGAUAGUGCUUCAUCCAAUGGUCCAAGGUAUCGAUGGAAAUGUAUAUGUACCCUCACUACAGGUUCAAAUACUUGACAAUGGCAUACUAAGGAGUGCCCCAAACGUCCAAAAUUUCAUCCUGGACCCUAACAAGGACGCACUAACAGACCCUUUACAAGUUGUCUCCUCAAACCAGACUGCUGCUAACCAAAAUGAAGCUAGAAUGAAGAAUAGACAGAAAAGUGAUUAUUACAAGUUCCUAGUAUCUCAAAUAGAGGAGAAAAAUAAAGAUUCAAACGUCGAAAUAAUCAAAAUGAACGAUUUAAAUAUAGUUUUAAACGUGGAUGGAGAAAAUAAGAAUAAACGCAAGCGCAGGGAGGGUUCUGACGAGGAAACGUUGAGUCAAGUUGAGUUAUUGUUGAGUGAGAAUGCUCAGGGCGGAUGCGAGAUAAAAUAUGAGAUAAUUGAUGAUGAGGAUGAUGCGAAGGGGGCUAGUAGGCCUGUGUUGAAGACUGACCGGACGGUGGAUUGGGAGGACAAGAUUCCUAUGGAUGUUAUUUCUUUCAUGGACGCGACAGACCCAAAUCCCGAAGAGAGGAUAAUGCAACCCCCUCCAAUGGGGGUGAUAUCAGACGUCCGCUCCGUGCCAGACGAAUCCAUCGAGUGUAUCGACCUGUGUUGACGUGUAUACACGUCAACUAUACGCAGAGAGUACGCGUUUACUACCAGACAAAAAAUGGCGGACUACGUCAGAAACCGGUCGUAAUUUAUAACCGCCUAAGCCAUAGAGGACUAAGUAUGGCACUGAUUCCACCGCGAGCUAGUAAGCUAUGAGCUAUCGGCUAUAAAAACGAACAAAAGAUAAUCACUC